AUGCGUCUCGAACUCCUCAUCGCCUCUGUUCUGGCAUGGACUGCCUCUGCAGCGCCCCUCCAAUCUCGCGAUCUUAUCAACGCCGAGACAAUUAUCUCCGACAUCAAAGGCAUCGAUGAAGGUGUCAAUGCUCUGACCGCAUCCCUCACGGCUUACAACGGCGGCUUGAUCGCUGAACUACCCAUCGGUGCAGACAUUGCUGCCAUUCACGUCGCCAAUCGCAAGGGCUACGUUGACGCAAACCUUCGAGCCACGCCUUUCGACGCCGAUGACUCGACUGCUAUCGUCCAAUACACUGCUUCCAGCGUCGGUGUGGAUAUUCCAGCUUCAGUAGAUGUUCUGGAAUCCAAGUAUGACGUGUUCGAGAGCCAGAAGGAUGUCAUUCUUGCUGGCUUGAAGUUGUUGAAGAACGAUCAUGAUACUUUUUCGGCGGCUCUGAUCUCGAAGAUCACUGCAGACAAGGAGAACGGAGAUGCUGCUGUUGCUGAGAUUGACGACGCGUUACAGAGCGCGAUUGAUUUGUACUCCGCUUGA